AUGUGGCACACGGUUCCAGGAAAAUACUUUGGUCUUCGUGCUGAAAUUAGUAUAUGGGCUUCACCAAAUCAAACAGAGUCUCAAGAAUCUGGAGCAUCCUUACAGAUCUAUUGUCAAGAUGGAGGACACUACAACAUGAUUGAAGCUGGAUUUCACGUUUCACCCUCUUUGUACCAUAAUACAGAGGUUCACUUCUUUACAUAUUGGACGAAGGACUCCAAGUCAGCCGGCUGCUAUAACUUGCAGUGCCCAGGUUAUGUUCCUACAACGGGAGCUGCACUAGUGCCUGGGCAAGUCGUUACUCCUCCAUCAAGCUAUGGUGUGCAAGACCGUUACAUCAGGCUUAGCCUUAAUAAGGAUCCAAACUCUGGAGAUUGGGUGGUGUACCGGCAUGAUUUAGAAACCCCGUCGUUCUUGGGUUAUUUCCCUAUAGGGUUUUGCUCCAAAAUGCCAGUUAUAGAAGCAUUGAUCGGAUUCGUGAAUUAUUUCAAUAAUACACAUGGUCCUCCAAUGGGUAGCGGACACCUUCCCAAUAUGGAGAAUAGUGACAAGAAAAUUGCUUACUUCAAACAUAUUAAGAAAUACAACUCCGGCGGUCAUACUUAUGAUCCAAUCUUACUUGACAUGAGGGAUUUAGCUGACAGGCCAGACUGUUACAAACAAGAUACUCUUAGUCUGGCUCUUGCUAGGGGAUACGUGUUUUACUAUGGUGGACCAAGUGGAUGUAUUGGUUGA